AUGCAUUUGGCUUGUCAAAAAAAUUUGGAAACACCAAAACUCAGUGGUAAUGGCAGAUUAGGAUCUUUUCUGCCAUUACCACUGAGUUUUGAUGUUGCCAAAUUUUUUUGACAAGCCAAAUGCAUCAUCGCAAAAGAACAAUUUUUUUUAUUGCAUUUGGCUUGCCCAAAAAAUUUGGAAACACCAAAACUCAGUGGUAAUGGCAGAUUAGGAUCUUUUGUCAAAAUUUUUUCUGGCAGACCAAGAAUGGCUCCAUAG